ACUUGUUAUAGACAAAUCUACAUUAUUUAUACUUCUACCAACAGGAGAAGCUGGUUCCUUACAAGAAAGAUCUUUACAUACCAUUUUGAAGUCUGAUUUAGUAAAUGUUGAACAAGAAGAGAAGUAUGAAGCAACAGAAAAAACCGAGAACAUAUGUGUCACGGUGACAAAAGAACAGUAUGAUGAUUUACCACAAAGUGAGGUUAUUUCAAAGUUCAAUGAAAGUAGUGAUGAUGAUUUGGAUAGUUCAAAAUGUGAUGUUAUCAAUGUGAAAACAGAAACUGAAUUCAAGGAAGAUUUACAGUAUAUUGAAUCUAGGUUAGAUAGUACAUCUGAUAUAAAGACCAGUGUGAACAUCUGUUGUGGAAGUCAAUUUCCUGGUGAUGAUGUUUUAAGCCAAGAAGAUAUUUUUACAGAUGUCAACAAAUGCCCGAAAGUAGACAAUGGCAUAUGUGGAGAAACAAAUUUAAAUGGAAGUAACAUAAAACAAUCUUAUAUACCUCAGGAUGGUGAUAAACCUUACAGUUAUAUAACAUUUGAAAAAGAAUAUGUAACAGUUGAAAACCUAAAACAAAGUAAGAGAAUACACAUUGGGGAGAAACCUUACAGUUGCCUGGUUUGUGGAAAACACUUUCAAACAAAUAGUGGAUUGAAAAAGCAUGAAAAAAUUCACAAUAAGGUGAAACCUUACAGUUGUGUGGUCUGUGGAAAAGACUUUAGAACGAAUACUGAAUUAAAAAUACAUCAAAGAAUACAUACUGGGGAGAAACCUUACAGUUGUGACUUUUGUGGUAAACAGUUUGGAAACAAUUGUAACUUAAAAAAACAUGAACGUAUACAUACUGGGGAGAGACCUUACUCUUGUGUUGUAUGUAAUAAACAGUUUACAACAACUAGUGCAUUAAAAUAUCAUCAAAGAAUACACACUGGGGAGAAACCUUAUAGUUGUGCCAUUUGUGAAAAAGACUUUAAAAGAAUUGGGGAAUUAAAAAUGCAUGAAAGAAUACAUACUGGAGAGAAACCUUACAGUUGUGCAAUUUGUGAAAAAGGCUUUCGAACAAAUGGUGAUUUAAAAAUGCAUCAGAUGAUACACACUGGUGAAAAACAUUACAGUUGUGACUUUUGUGGAAAACAGUUUGGAAGUAACUGUAACUUAAAAAAACAUGAACGAAUACAUACUGGGGAGAGACGUUACACUUGUGAAUUUUGUAAUAGACAGUUUACAACAAAUAGUGCAUUAAAAUAUCAUAAAAGAAUACAUACUGGGGAGAAACCUUAGAGUUUUGCUAUUUGUGGAAAACACUUUCAAACAAAUAGUGGAUUGAAAAAGCAUGAAGAAAUUCACAAUAAGAUGAAACCUUACAGUUGUGUAAUUUGUGGGAAACACUUUAGAACAAAUGCUGAAAUAAAAAUACAUCAAGGAAUACAUAAUGGAGAGAAACCUUACAGCUGUGACUUUUGUGGUGAACAACUUGGAAAUAAUUGUAACUUAAAAUACAUGAACAGAUACAUACUAGGGAGUAACCUUACACUUGUGUUGUAUGUAAUAAACAGUUUACAACAACUACUGCAUUAAAAUAUUAUAAAGGAUACAUACUGGGGAGAAAUCUUACAGUUGUGUAGUGUGUAAUAAAUAGUUUCAAAAGAGUAAUGUAUUGAAAUUUCAUAAAGGAAUACAUACUUGAUAGAAACCAUACAGUUUUGCUGUUUGUGAAAAACUGUUUGGAACAAAUAAUGAAUUAAACAUUUUUUAGAUAACACACACCCAGGAGAAAACAUACUGUUGUCUACUGUGUUGUGAAGAAUUUGAAAAAAACAAUUACUACUACUGAAUAUGGUAGUUGUUUAAAAGUUGUUGAACCACAAGUGACAAAUUAAGGUGUAUAGAUCUAUCUUUGGUGUGUUUUUGAUGCCUGUGAUUGUAAAUUAUUCUUUACUUGUGCUUGACAUGAUAAAGUGACAAAAAGAAAUUAAAAGAUGUUAAAAUUAAACUUGAAUGAAAAUGGAUGGAGAGAACAGUUACUUUCCAAUAUUGGUACUUUACCUCUUCCCACAGAAAUAGCUAUUCUCGUUUAAUGCUGCACUGUAUAUGGAAAAUUAUUUUUGCAUACCACAAGCCUUGAUGUCCCACAUACCUCAUGUUCAAUGUGGCUCAACCAUGUUUCACAUGUAAAUCAUCAUGCAACAACCAGUGCAACACACCCUUCUGAUGCAUAGGACUUUCUCUAUUCAAUUCUACUGAACAAUCAUUUCUAGUUUGGCAGUACUCAUGUCAAGUUGUUUUUCAUUUGGCUUUUUCUUAGUUGUUUUUUUAUUUAACUUAUUGCAUUUUUUAAGUUUUUUGUCAUGUUUAUUGUGGUGUUAGUAAUUUCUUCUGAAGUGGAAUUAUUAUUCUAAUGUUUCAUGAAUAUAACUUUUUUUUCUAGAUUUCAUUUAUUUUGUUUUGGGCUUGAUUAUUCAUCUUUAACAAUGAAUUCUGAAGUCCAAGUUAUCACUAUAUCCCAUCAGUCAAUAUACUAUCUGUGGUUUGUUCAUCACUGGGUAGUGUAUCAAUUUUGUGUCCUAUCCUUCAGGCUUGCUUCUAUAGAAACCAUUAUCACCUUUGGUAGAGUGCGUAUAAGGUUUCUUCAGUGGACACUGCACAACCAAUGGAACCUUGUGUGAGAUCUCUUGGAUGGUUUUCUUCCACUUUCCCUGGUCAACUAUCUGAAUUGGUGGUUGGACAAAGCCCACAUGUCAGUGAGUGUUCCACUUCCUCCCCCUCUAUCAGAUUUGUGUAUCUUCAUGGAUGAUUUCUUCCACAGAUGAGGGGCAUGGGUUCAUCAGAAGAAAGCCUUGGUUUAUGGUCUUUAGCCAAGAGGUCUUACCAUAUCAAUAUUCUGGAACUUCUGGCCAUAUAUUGUGCUUUGGAUCAUUUUCUUUAUCUUGCCAGAAAUCGUCUGGUCUUGAUCCAUUCCAACAAUUCUAUAUUUGUACCUUAUAUCAUCACCAAGGUGGUACCCAUUCUCAUUCCCUCUGUGGUCAAACCUUGAAUCUCCUUUUUUGGGCCCACACAAAUGUUAUUCAUCUUGUAUGUCACGUUCCAGGUGCAUUCGACCUUCUCGCAGAUCAUCUUUCCUGAUCAGACAAAAUUUAUCCAAUGGAGUGAUCUUUAGAUCCUUGCAUAUUCCAAUGGCUAUGCAUUUGGUGGAGUAUGCCUUACCUAGAUGCAUGUGCCACAUCCCUCAAUACCAAGUUACCUCUGUGCUGUUUUUCAUCCACUUACAUUGACUGUCGAUGCAUUCAGCCAUGAUGGGACCAAUAAGUACCUUUAUGUGUAUCCUUCCAUCUAUCUCCUUCACAGGGUGAUUUCAAUCAUUCACAUCAUUCUAUUUCAUGUACUCCUGAUUGCUCCUUACUGGCUGGCACAACUAUAGUUUCAGUGGCUGCUCCAGCUUCAGUCUGCUUCACCAUUACCUUUUCCUCUUACUCCAUCCCUUCUAUGUUAACCUUGGUCACUGGCAUUUCAUUCUGCCCUUCCUUCCCUCCAUCUUCAUGCCUGAUUUUUAUCCAGUUUUUAGCUUGUUCCAUUUGCCCUUCCUCUAUAGAUGUAUAUCAACAUAAGCGGAAUAUUUUCUGCUGUUGGUCUUUGUGUUGGAGAUUUCAUCCGCUCAACUUACUGUUCCUCUUAUAGAUUUCUUCACUUGGCAGUUUGAUCAGAGAACAUCUGUCUCCUAGAUUAUGGGUUAUCAAGCUGCCUUAUCCUACAUUUUUGGUUUUUCCUGGUAUAGUACAGUUUUUACCUCUCAUACUCUCUCACUGUUGUUGAGUUUCUUCCAUAUUAGUCAACCUACUCAGUGUGCAGUCCUUCCAGAUCAGGAUGUCAAUGUGGUUCUUUGCUGCCUUACUUUACCUCCAUUUGAACCUUUGAGCUGUUGCUCAGUUUGACUUAUUCCUUAAGACUUAUUUCCUUCUCCUUUUGGUCUGUGGAUGUCAUUGUUCAGAUUUAUUUGCCAUUGACAUUCAUGUACUUUGUAUAUCAUUCCAUAUGUUCUUUAUCCAGAUUGAUCUUUCCUUCCCAAACCUAUGGCGGCUCAUGAGGGUAAUUCCUCCUUCUCACCAAUUUUCCUUCCUUCCAUUUCUCACCCAUAUUCCCAGUCUGAUCUCACCUUUGUCAUUUAUUGGAGAAAAUUCCUGUAUUGGGUAUGUAGACCACACCACAUACAUUCAUCUCUCACUAUCUGCAUCGGAUAGCUGUUUCUUCCUCGUUGGGUUAUUAUCUUCCACCUUUUGCCAUUUUCCAGAUUUCAGUGAGAUUGUGACUGGUUAUGCUAUAUUUCUGUAUAUAUACUUCUCAUUUUUUUAGGACUUUGUUUUCUAUAUGGAUCCCACUCUUUGGUGAGUGGUGCCUCUCCAGGUUUACUUAAACUAGUCAAAUCUACACUGUAAAGCCAUGAUAACAAUUAUACUUUAUAUGGCCACAAAAUGCAUGCUGUUAAGAUGGGGUGUUCCACAAGAUUGCUUGUAGAUUUUCCUUGCAGUAUAUUUCUUUCAUUAAUAUACUCAUUCUGGACCAUACUCACCCAUGGACUUCAUGGGUAAAAUAGAAGGGGAUAGCUGUUCAUCCCUGCCAUUUCUUAGAUUGAAUAAAUCAGGUGUGGUCUUCUUUUCAAAAUAGGGUUUUCGAGGUCACCCAUUGCACUGUAUACAGUCUUGAUUUUCCUUCAAACUCACCAUUACAUUUUCUCUGUCUCCCCCCCUUUAUUCCAGUGGAGUAUGGGAGCUCUUACCACUUUCCAUUUCCAAGCUACUGGAGUGGUGGACCAUAAAGGCUUAUCUAAGUGGUUGUUGUAGCUUUAAAAUGAGCCAUCAAAAUUUGCAGUUCACUCCUUCAGUUGGGACCACUCAUUCUAUCUCCAUGUAGAUGUUGGUUCACAGUGGCUGGGUCUUGGAUUCAGAGCUGUACUAAUCACCAUAGUAGGAUAUUUCACCACACAAGGACAUCUUUCUUCCAGUUGUUUGGAUGUUGGGUUCCUGUAUCGAUACCAUUUUAUCACUUUGCUGUGAUGUGCUCUGUUCACAGAUUGGUGGGUAUGAUAUAUCCCUCUGGUCUGCUAAAUUUGAGGUGAAGAUAGUAUGAUCACCUUUCCUACCUACACCAAAUGGCUGGUUUGGAUUGCAGUUGACUUGAUACCAGUAUGAUCCUCUUUCCUACCCCCAUAUGGAUGUCGGUUCCCAGUGACUGGGUUUUAGAUUGUAGUUGACUUACCAAUGGUAUGAUCCUCAUCCAACUCUCACAUGGAUGUCACUUCCCAGUGGCUUGAUUUUGGAUGCAGUUGACUUGCUGUGUAUGGUACCUUGAGGCACAUCCUUUUUACUCUUACCCAUGUUAUUGUCAUCAAAGGGAUUUAGAUUCAGAUAUUAGGUGGUUCAAAUCCCAAUCCACCAAUUGUUCUCUCCCUUUUGGAUGUGUUUUCAUUUUCUGCCCAUUUCUGUGACACAUCAUUCCACCCUGAGCAAUGAGUAUACCUGGUACAGAAGUGGUGAAGUCUCCCACAUAUGAUCCUCUACCAUGAGGAUCUACCCUUUUUGGGUGUUCUUUGGAUGCUUUUGAAAAAAUGCUUCUUUCUUUCCCACAUACCAAUCCCUCCAUCUAUUUCAUGUAGGAUCCUAGCUAUUUCUGUGAGAAAAGGUAAGGUACUCUAUUGAAAGUUAUAAUUUUCCUAUACUGAAAAUAAAAUAUAUUUCUGAUAAAUACUUAAAUAUUCUCACCUUUCCACUGAAAACUGGUGCUUCCAAUACUUAAAUUGAUAGUUUGGUAUAAUCGAUUAGAGGGAAUAACAUGCAUCAGGAGUGUAUGUUGCACUCAUGUUGGUGGAAGGUUAUCCUAUGAUGAUUUAUAUGCAAGACAGAGUUGAACCACAUUGAUCACUGAGUACAGAGUAUGUUAGAGCUCAAGGCUUGUGGCAUUCCUAAAAUAUUUUCAUAUAGAGGGCAGUACUAUAAGAGAAUGGCUACUUCUGUGAUAGGAGGUAAGUACCUAUUUAAAAUAUAUUUACAGUAAAGAGACAUUAUAACUGACAGUUUUUCUUCCUGAUUUUCUUUUGUAUAGACAGUGGGUAUUGAUUUGAACCAGUUUCUGUAUAUUAAUAUUUCAAUAUGUAUUGAGAAUGGACUGCUAUGUAUGUAUGUAUGAAUUGGAUUUAAUUUUCUGAACACUUAUAGCCCUCUGGAUUCUGAAACUUAAAUUAUUUCAAACUACAAAUCUCAAUUUUUCAUGUUGAAGAAAGAAAUCAUACAAUUUCUAGUAAAAUGUAAAGAAUAACUAAAGUAUUGUCUAAAGUUUGGUAUUUGUAGAUAUUUAAUUUGCCUAUAGAUCUUUUGAGUAAAAAGUGUAAAGUAUUGAUUUCAGUCAACAUGUUAAGAGGACAAAGCAUUAGAAAAUUUUGUAGUAUUCACCCAUAAUAAAGGAAAUAGUGGUUGAAAGUAAAAUUGGUUGUUGUGAUAUUAUACUUUCAUAUUUCUAUGGUUGAAUUUAUAUACUGUAAACCUUUAUGUAAUGUGAACUUUUCAUACCUCCACUUUAUGUUUUCAAUACCUGUUUUCAACUUGGGAGAAAAGUUUUAUAAGUUAUGAAUGUAUGCAAAAUUUUGUCACAAUUAUUUUUACUUUAAAUAUAUUGAUAUUUGUUGCGAUUGUAUUAAACCAUUAAACUGAAUUUAGAAA